UGUUUCUGAGUCACUGGGCGUUUUCUUUUGGUUUUGAGUUGGGUUUUUUCUUUUCUGUAAAACAGUCCAGGACUUGGAACCAGAAAGUUCUUGGAUCUAGGGGUAUAAAUCCCCCUGCCAGGAUAACCAUGGGAAUAUUUACAAAUUACAGAUUCUAUUUGAAAGAUGACAGUUUACAGUACAUGCAGAAGAAACUCCUAAGAGCUAACAUUAAGAAAAACAAUGGAACUGUUUCCUCUAUACUAAACUGUAAGUGCACACAUGUCAUCUUAGAUCAUGAUGCUAUUCUGAGCUCUGGUGAACUGAGUACUGUCCAGAAGUUUCAUAUCUCCAUCGCAAACAUAGAUUUUUUAUGGGACUGCCUCAAACAAGGAAUGCUCUUAAGUAUUGAGAAUUAUAGAUGCAGUGAAUCUUCAGGAGUCACUCGUCACUCACCUUCUUUGGAAAGAACAAGCAGUUCCAGAGUGGACAAAGAUGACUUGCAUAAUACAGCAGAGAAGAAUGAAGAGAUUGUGGAGCACAAUAAAUUUUGUACACAAGAUGACAAUAUCCCUCAUGUUCCUCAGGAUUUUGAAGUUGCAAAGUAUAGUGUCCUGGAAAAAAUGACAUCAGAGGGAGAGAAAGAAGUAGUGGUGGUGGAACUGCAGUGCUUCCAGGAACAUCCUGAAUUUUCUUUUCUUGUGGCUUCAAAUCUUCUGCAGGCAGGAGAAGUUAAGCCUAGAAGACAUUUAUCUAGAAAGAAUACAUCUGAAGGUGCAAGUGAAUACUAUGAGAAUUAUAUUGAAGAACUGAAGAAACAAGGAUUUCUGCCAUCAGAAAAUUUUCCACCUGAAGCAAACCUACUAGCAUCUAAGAAGUUACAAGCAUUGCUGUUGGAGGAUGUAUUAAAUGGAGAUACUAUAAGUGAAGAUGUGACUACCUUAGUGGAGUUGAUUUGGGUGGAAGCUCUUGGCCAUCUGGAAAACAUUCUUCUCAAACCAGCAAAUAGCAUCGGCCUAAAUGAUGUGAGCAAAGCUGAAGGUAUUCUACUUCAAGUUAAGGCAGCAUUAAAUAAAGGAGGAACAACAGAAGAGUUGAAAAAGAUGAUGUCAGAAUUCUACCAACUUAUACCUCACAGAAGUACAGAAGAUGAAGUUAACCAAAGACUAUUAUCUAAGGAAGAAGAUCUCUGCCAGCUCAUAAGAGAUGUGAUUAAUGUCAGUGAAGCAAAUCUCUCAAGACCUAACCCACCUUCUCUUGCUAAAUACCGAGCUCUGAGAUGCAAAAUUGAGCACAUUGAUAUGAACAGUAAAGAGUUUUCCAAGGUUAAAGAAGAGCUAUUGCAAAAAAAUUAUGGGAAGAAUCCAGUCGAAAUCUUAAACAUAUAUCGAAUUGGCAGAGUUAAUGAAACUGUGGAAUUUCAGAGCAAGCUUGGCAAUGUGCAGUCUUUACUACAUGGAACAACUGGGAGAAAUAUUGUUGGAAUUCUUUCCCGGGGGUUGCUAUUACCCAAAAGAUUGGUUGAAGAUCAUGGAAUAGAAAGAACAGAUUUUGGAAAUCUUGGUAGUGGAAUAUACUUCAGUGAUUCUCUCAGUACAGGCAUGAAGUACUCACAACCAAAUAAAAUUAAUGGAACUAGAUUCCUGGUUGUUUGUGAUGUUGCCCUUGGAUCCUGUAUGAAUUUACACAAGAGAAAUUUGUCAUUAACUGAGCCACCACAAGGUUAUGACAGUGUGCAUGGAAUUCGGAGAACAGAACAUAUCAUCUCAGACUUUGAGGAUGAUGAAUUUGUUGUAUACAAAACCAGUCAGGUUAAAAUGAAAUACCUUGUUAAUUUUUGUAUGGCUGGAGACCAAAUAAAGGGCUUUUGUCCUUUUGCUAAUACUGAAUGGGAGGAAAAUAGACCUGAGUUUUUAAAUGAUAAUUUACAGCUUAAAGAUUAUGCAUUACCAGAUACCAACCCUUACACUAACAUAAAAGCUGGCCUUCAGGAUCUUUCUGGGAUUCAAAUCCCACUUGAAGAGAUUCAUAUCAAGGGAAGAAUAAUGGACUUCAUAGCCCAGAUCAUUGUUUUUCAAACAUAUACCAAUAAGAGUCAUCUGCCUAUUGAAACAAAAUAUGUCUUUCCUUUGGAUGACAAAGCAGCUGUGUGUGGAUUUGAAGCUUUCAUCAAUGGCAAGCAUAUAAUAGGAGAGGUCAAGGAAAAGGAAGAAGCCCAUCAGGAAUACAGAGAAGCCAUCAGUCAAGGCCAUGGAGCUUACUUGAUGGAUCAGGAUAGUCCUGAUGUCUUUACUGUGAGCAUUGGAAACUUACCACCACAGGCCAAAGUUCUUAUCAAAAUUACCUAUAUCACUGAGCUCAGUUUUCAUCAUGGAUGUGCCAACUUCUUCAUGCCCGCUACUGUAGCACCAUGGCAGCAGGACAAAGCUUUAACUGAAAACUUGCAGGAUACAGUGGAUAAAGUUUGUAUUAAGGAAUUAGGAAUGCAGCAACGAUUCUCUUUAAAUAUAUCAAUUGAGAUGCCACAUAUAAUUGAAUUAAUUACCAGUGAUACACAUAAACUCAAACUAAAGAGAACAGACUGCAAAGCUGUAAUCAGUACUUUGGAUAACAGUUCCUUAGACAGCAAAGGCUUCUCUCUUCAGAUCCAUAUAGGAGAGGCUUACCUCCCAAGAAUGUGGGUUGAAAAGCACCCAAACAAGGAAAGUGAGGCCUGCAUGCUUGUGUUCCAUCCAGACUUCAGUACUGCAUUGCCAGAAGAGACCCCUACUAGUGAAGUUAUUAUUUGCCUGGAUUGCUCCAACUCUAUGGAGGGCUCAGAAUUACUGCAAGCAAAACAAAUUGCCUUACAUGCUCUGUCUCUCAUCCACGAGAACCAAAAAAUAAAUGUUAUCAAGUUUGGCACAAGUUUUACAGAAUUAUUUCCAUAUCCUAAGUACUCCACAAGCAACCCUAAACUGACAGAGUUUAUUAUGUCUGCUACACCUACCAUGGGAAAUACUGACUUCUGGAAAAUCCUUCGAUUUUUAAACUUACUUUAUCCUUCUCAAGGGAUGCGCAACAUUCUUCUUCUAUCUGAUGGGCAUAUCCAGAAUGAGAGCCUGACAUUGCAGAUUGUAAAAAGAAAUGUUAGACACACCCGCAUAUUUACAUGUGGCAUUGGGUCCACUGCAAAUCGUCAUAUCCUAAGGACUUUGUCACAGUAUGGUGCUGGAGCAUUUGAAUUCUUUAACACAAAAUCUAAAUAUAGUUGGAAAAAACAGAUUGAAGACCAGAUAACAAGAAUAUUUUCUCCAGGAUGCAGCUCUGUGUCUAUUAAAUGGCAGCAACUAAAUCUAAAUUCACCAGAGCCCAUUCAGGCUCCCACGGAAAUUCAGGCCUUAUUCAACAAUGAUAGACUGCUUGUGUAUGGAUUCAUCCCUCAUUGUACACAGGCCAUCCUACAUGCUUUCAUUCAAGACAGAGAAUUUCACACAAUGGUAUCAACUACCGAAUUACAGAAAACAACUGGAACUAUGCUUCACAAGUUAACAGCUAGAGCGAUCAUCAGAGAUUAUGAAGAUGGAAUACUCCAUGAGGAUGAAACAAAACAUGAGAUGAAGAAGCAAAUUUUGAAGUCUAUGAUUAUUAAACUCAGCAAGGAGAACUCUAUUAUAACACAAUUUACAAGUUUUGUGGCAGUUGAAAAAAGGGAUGACAAUAAAUCACUGGAUCCCUACACUCCAAAUAUUUUGGAACUUAUCACCACAGAAGAUAUAGACUUUCUGCCAUAUAUGGAUUGGGAAGUGGAACAGCCAGAAUAUGCAAUGGUGGAGGUUCAGAGGAAAUAUUCCAAAAGAAAGAAGCAAAAACAUUCUACAGCUCCUAAAAAAGUUUCAGCUGUUUUUCAGUUAAGGUCAAGGAACACUACUUUUUCAGACAUUAUUUCUCCUUUGAAGAAACAUUCAGCACCACAAGGUUUCCAGGGCAGGCCGGAAAAAGAAAUUCAACUAGACUUUUGCUCAAGCAUGGCUGAGGAUUUAUCAUUGGAUUCUCCUAUGGAGGAAUUCUGUUCUGCUCCAUCUCAUUUCUUAGAGCUUUCCUUUGGUGCAUUACCAGAACCAUCAGCAGACAAGUUCCUCCUUGCUUCUGACCAGUAUGGCAAUGCCAAAGCGUUAGAUUUAACUAAGAAAGAUUCAGAUGCAACAUUUUUAUUUAGUAAACAUGAAGAACAGGAUCAGCACUCUGCAACCCCUUUCACUCUUUUCUCUCCAAUUCUUCCCCCUCCCCUUCCUCCUCCUCUGACUAAUCUCUCAAUUUCCAAUUCCUCCUGUUCCCUUUAUUCAGACUCUGCCUUACCUACUAGUACCCUCCCUACUCCUAGUUUUCUUCCCCAAAACUUUUCUUUUUCAGUCUCCUGCUCCCCUCCUCCACCACCACCUUCUCCUCCUCCUCCUCCUGCUCCUCUUCCUCCUCCACUUCGUUUUUCUUUUCUUUCCCAUCAGACUCCUCUUGCUGCUUCUCAUCGUAGUCUUGGCUCUUCUUUUUCUCCUUGUUCUUUUGUUCCUAGUUCUCACUCUUUUCUUCCUCUUCCACCUCCUCCUCCUCUUCCUGGUUCUGCCAAACUUUGUCCUAGGUCUCAGGUGGACUCAUUUCCAAGAUCUAAGAGAAUGAAUCAAUCACUUUUAGCACUUAAGGAGCAGUCUGCCUCCCCUGCAGUUGUUGAUUAUACAAGCUCAUCAUUAUUUGGAAAAAAAAUUCAAGUGGAUUCAUCAAGUCAUGAACAUAUUUUUGAAAUGGAAAAUGACGAACAACUGCCAUGGCCCCAUCAGCGUUCAUUUUCUCCAUGCAAAUAUACUAGAUCAGAAGCAGAGACUCCGGCUUUCUCAUUUACAGAGAAGAGUUUUGUAGUACAGCAUGUUACUCCAUCAAUUGCUAAGAAACAAACACCCCAGACUUAUAUGACCCACAGAGAAAGUUGGCUGAAUGGUAUUAAAGAGAAUGUGGUGUUUUGGACUCAGGUUUUUAGUCUUCAAAGUGAGGAGGGCUUCUGGAAACUUAGCCCUGAACUUGGGCUUUUUUUAAACCUGAAUGUGAAUAAUGUAAACAUCUUUCUUGUACAAAAAGGCAUUCAAUCCCUAGGUUCCAAAGGAAAAGAAGAUGUAUUACAGCUGAUUGCCACAUUUCUGGUACUACAGCUCAUUCGAACUAAGCUGGAGCUAGAAGGGAUAGCAGUCAAGUCACUGAUGAAAUUAGAUGAUUCAGCUGCUUACAGAUCCUGUGCCAGCUACUGGAAUUUUUAUUCCGUAAAGAAAGCAGUGGAAUGGGUAAGAAGAACAGAAGCACAAUAUCCAUCUCUUUGCUCUCGGCUUGAAUUGGGUAAAGACUGGGACUCUGCCACUAAACAACUGUUGGGAAUUCAACCAAUAAGCACCAGAUCUCCUCUUCACAAAGUACUUAAUUAUAGUCAAGGCUAAAUUUUGUCAAGUUGUAUUUGAAGCUUUUUCAUGUUUGGGUAUAUAAAGUACUUUAAUUUGAAUAGAAAGUUACUAAAAUAUAAUUGAAAUUAUGAUUGUAUUCAGUCUAUAAGAAAAUCAGAUAAAAUAAGCCGCUUCAUAAUAAACAAAUGUUAUCUGUUGGUAAUAACAAAGGAAUAAUUAUGAUGUAGAAAUUUUAGUUUUUAACACUGAUAUUUUAAUGUGAUUAAUUCUUCGUAAUUCUUAAAUGCUUAUUCUUAACACAUAAAUAUUUCAUGUUGUCACUAAGUUCAUCUAAAGGAAAUCAUUGUUUUGUGAGUUAGAAAAGGAAUAUCAAGUAUGUCAUAUUUAGAACUAAGAACCAGAAAAUAAAAAAUUUUUAUUCUAUGUGCACAAAUUCAAUGAAUAUAAUA